UUUGCGUUAUUUUAUAAUUCAUCUUCGUCUGGGAGAUAUCGAGCUUUUAUAAAGUCAUGAUGUCUGAUAAAAAUAUGGAAUUGCUGGUUACCAGGACAUCAUUAAAUGUAGCCAGGCUCCCGAUAGCACUUUGUACAAAUAUCUUUCAUAGAUCUAGAUGCAGGAAAAACAUUGCUAGCGGCUUGGCCCAACACUGCAUGCAUUGCUUUUUCCAAAACCAAGCUUCGGAGCUCAGUGAAAGGAAAAACAGCGAGGAGUAAAACUGAAGGAGUCGGCUAAAACUGGAGGAGUCACGUAAAUAAGGAUUUCCAUUAUUACUCUUGAAUCUUACAACGUGAAGUGAUAUCCCUUAGCAACUAGAGGAAGAUCUACCUCCGCGGUUUGUAAGUGUAAGAAUUCUUUUACGUUAAAGGUAUUUUUAUAUUCCGAACAUCGCAGAUUGUAGAAAGAACACUAGGAAAUAAAUCAUUUAAGUGGACAUAAUUUAGGCGCAAUGACAGGUAUCUAAAGUCCCUUCUGAAAGAAGACUUUGUCAAACGUUCUGUUAUUAUUUUCAUUUGCAGGCAAAAGCAUGGCUUCUUUGGUAUUGGUAACAGCAUUUGUCCCAAUGGCACUUCAUGUUAUUUCAAUUCCAGCCGUAAACAUCACGGCAGAUGAUGGGAUGACAAUGGAUGAUUUAGAAAAUAAUAAAAAGUGUCCAGAUGUUAUCAAAGUCAAGUGGAAUGAGCUCCAUGCUAGAGAGCCCCAUGUGAUUAAACAAGUCAGCGGUAAUCGAACUUUCUACGAUGGGUUGUUUCCAUUAAAUUUGCAAUCUAUGCUAGAAAAUUGUUGUCCAUCUUCUGAGAUAAAAUACGUUGACGUGGAUCAGGCUGAUAUUUUCCUUCCCGUGAUCCUAAACUACAAGGAAAGUGGCCUAAGUUCUCAGAGCAAAGUAGUUCCCAUACUUCCCAACACAGGGGUCGCGUUUGUCGUCAAGAGGGCUGACAGAAAACACCUUCCCAUUAAAAUUUUGUCCUCCAUCUUCAGUUCUUGGCCCGUGCUAGUGUUAACAUUGUUAUUGUCUGUGCUGGCAGGAAUCGUCGCCUGGAUACUGGAUACCAGGCAAAAUACAGAGGAAUUUCCCCUGAGCUUCGUUCAAGGAUCAUGGGAGGGAUUUUGGUGGGCUUUUGUGUCCAUGACAACAGUCGGCUAUGGUGAUCGCUGCCCAAAGACUAUCUCAGGGAGAUUGUUUGCCAUCAUCUGGAUUUUAACUGGGAUUUGCAUGUGUUCCAUUUUCACUGCCAUGUUAACAACCUCUCUUACUACAAUCAGCUUGGACACUAUGAUUCCCCUCCCUCAGGCAAAGGUGGCGGCUGUCUUCGGCUCCAUUGAGGCUACAACAGGCUUUCAAAGACAAGCUCAAGUUAUACGAGUCCACAGCAUUAAAGAGAUCCAAGAGAAAAUUUUGGAAGGGGAAGCCAUAGGAGGACUCAUGGACAGCUUCACCUUGAGUCACUAUCGAGACUAUUUCCCAGCAAAUGAAUUCAAAGUACAAGAAGUGAUCGCUCAAGAAUACCUGGAAUAUGGUGCACAGAUUGAAAACCCUUCUCUGGUCAACCUGGUCAAAUGUUUGAAAAACUUGCGCUUUUCUGAUGAGUCUGAAAUGUAUGAAUACGCUGAAUUGUAUAUGGGGAAAUCAACCAAGAGUAGCUUAGAGGAGUCAAUGACGCCAAACGACCGAACAAUCGGUGUAGAUCCGGAAGGUCUACUGUUUUAUCCAGCAUUGUUUACUUGUCUGGGGAUCCUCACCUUCUUUCUUAUCUCCGGUGCUACCUGGGAACUGUGCCGAAGGACACGCAUGCGAAAAAGUGAACGAGGAGCCACUGAAAAGUUGAGCCUACAGGCAUCCAGUGAGGAAGAUGCUCAAACACAGAAAACGAAUGCUAUGCUCAGGGAAUUUGAAGAACAGGUUGCUGGAGACGUCAGGAAAGCACUCAAGUCUUUGCGGCAGAAUUUUAGUGACAGUUUUCUACGCCCCUAUAAAAACUGCAGUAGCGAGACUCAGGAAACCUGGACGUCAGUUUAAGGCUUUAUAAACAUCGUCUGCAAUAUCUUAUGAUAUACUGAACAAAAGAAAAAUAAUGAAGCGACAAACAAAGAGCAAACCAAGGAAAAAGCAAAGGAAAAAGCAUAGAACCAAAAAAAUCACUGCUGGAAUUCCUUCACUCGCCCAAUUUGGGGUAACUUAAGGGUAUAGUUAGCGUCAAGACAAAGUAAUUUAGAACAUAUAGGGAUGCCUUUUUCAGGCUAUUUGUUCAGCUUUUUAAUCCAAUCAUGGUUUUGUUUUAGAUUUUCUACAAUUUCGUACAAUGCGCUCUCCUACUAUCUUUAAGGUAAAUAGGAGUUGCUUCUCUGUAGCCAUUGAGUAUUAGAAAUCUAGUAAUCCCUCGAGGCUGUAGAAAUAGUAAAAUCUCUGGUUAACAGCACUCCUUUCAGAUCCUUAGCUACCGUAAUAAUUUUGCUUUCCCAAUCUCUAUCCUUUAAUAGGGGCGGCACAUACCUGUAUAGCUUAUGUCGAGGGAUGCAAUCAAACCUGUCAUAACAGCCUUGCUUUCGUUACUAUGAACAGCUUGCCGAAAAUCAUUCCUCUAAUCUAUUGUUAAGAUAACCUGUUUAUAAAGGUCAUCUGUAUAAAGACUCCCACAAUUUCACUAUCACGUACCUUUAUUAAACGGUCACCAAUGUAAGAAACCAUAGCGAACGUAUCAUACCAAGCUUUACUCCACGGCUUGUUAUUAAAAUUGUAGCUAUCAGGGACGGGGUGUCAGUAGUACUAUCAACGAUACUACAUUUCAACGCC